GCAGGGCGCUAUGUUUAAGAAGGUUGUUUUGGAGGGACGGUCUUCAUCGUUUUGGUGAUUUCGUGAUAUACUUUAGACAUUAUGUGAUGUAAAAUAAAUUGUUCGUAGAGCUAUCGUUAUUAUAGUAUAACAUUUUGGAAAGUAGAAAGUGUUAAAAAUUUUAAUCCCAUUCAUAAUUUAAAUGAAAUGUUCCGCAAAAGCUUUCUUGCUUGGCAUUUUAGUUUAAUUCUGUUAAUUGAUAAUUCAAAUGGUUCAGAUGUUGAAUUCGAAUUCCCCCCCAGUCCUUACUCAUCAGACUUCAAGAAAUGUGGACUCGACAAAAAGGGAUACGUUUGUGAUCCUGAUAAAAUUCUUGACUAUUCUGCUAGACAAUCAAUAAAUGAAUUGUUAUUACAUUAUCCUCGAGAAACACCAUGUUUAUGUCGUCAUCCGUGUUUUAGAAAUGAAGUUAAUCAAAACGCUAGACUUGUUGUAACAGCCCUAGUUUCGAAACCAUUUUCAAAUAAAAAUGCUUCAAUCGUACAAUAUGCAAACAAUAUUCGAAAUAAAUGGAAAAUUGGAGCAUGCAAUGGUAAUGAUGUUUUAAUUUUAAUCACAGAAAAAGCUCUUCAUAUUUCAUAUGGUUCAUUAGUAGCACGAGCUUUAAACUCAGAAUGUACACGUCGUUUAAUUGGUCGUUUUGAUGCUAAUAAAGAAAUCAUUACAAAUAUUCGUCAAACAGCAUUUAUUCUACGUGAAUAUUUUCUUGAUCCAUGUUUAUGUCGACCGUGUAAAACUGCUUAUUCAUGGUUUAAAAUACCAGCUAUGCUUUUAGCAUGUUUUUGUCUAUUAACAUGGUUAAGUUUAGUUGGUCGUAGAGCAUAUUUACGUCGUAAUAAUUUGAAUACACGUCCAUAUUGUUCACUAUCUGAUCUUACUUAUACAACAACAAAUAGACAUCAUUAUCAUCAUACACGUUCAUCACGUUCUGGACGUAUUCGAACUGGUGGAUUUUCUUCACCAUUUAAUAUAUGGGAGACAAGACCAUAUCGUUCAAAUAGUAUACAUGGUAUAGAAAGUACGAAUAAUAUGUCAAAUUCAAAUUGGCGUAAUCUUUCUUCAUAUUUUGGGCGACCUAAUGUUCUCUGUUCUGAUGGAUUUCGUACUACACCUCCACCACCCGCUUAUUCCAGUUUAAAGCAUAUCAUUCAGCCACCACCAGCUUAUUCAGAAAUUCAAUCUACUAAUGAUCUACUAGCUAAACAAUGUGUUAAUACAUCAACGUCAAUAACCACUACUUUAAAUAUAGGAAAUCCAACAGAAAUCGAACAAUCACAACUUGAAUCAAUGCAUAUCACAUCAUCACCUAAUAUUACUACUACUACUACUACUACUACCACCAACACAAAUUCCCCGCCUUCUUAUUCUGAAGUUGUUUUAUCACGUUCUAAUAAUUCGAAUAACUAUCAGAUCAGUGAUAGCAAUUCAUCUUCAAAUACUAAUGAAACAGACACAACAUACACAUCGAAUCUUGAUACAUCGAGUACAAUCACAAAUUAAUGAAUAAUACAAAUUCCUCUCUCUCUCUCUCUCUCGUUUUUUCUCUCUUUUGUUAUCAGAAAAACAAGCAGCAAUUGUUAUUCGAUUAAAAACAAAAACUAUAUAUGAAUUACCAGAUUUUUUCCGUCUCUCUCUCUAUUCAAUAAUCUCAAAAUAUUUACUAUCUCUCUCUUUCUCAAAUGCCAAACAAAUCACUGCAUAGUUUUCUUAUUUGAAUUCAAUGUUUCAGUGUGUGUUUUUUUCUAUGGAAACUUUUUUCUCUCUCUCUCUUCCUAGCAACUUUAUUUUUCUUUUGUUUUGUUUUGUUUUUUGAUUAAACUUAUUUGAUGAAUGAAUAUUAAUCUGUGAUGCUUUACUAUUAUUUUUUUCUCUGUUCAGUUUUAUUUUCUUUUUUUUUGCAAAUGUUGUAUAUUUUAUACAAGCGUAGAUACGUCAAAUUGUAAUACUAUUAUGAUUUUCUCUGUUUUUAACAUAACUAAGAUCUAUUAAUGCUAUUUAUUUUCGUUAACUCCGCUUUCACAUUCUUUAUUCAUCUUCUUCUAUUGAACGUGUACAAAAAAUAAAACUAAUUUCAAUAUUAUAUAUACAUAUAUAUUCCAAAUCCUGAUCGGUUUUUCUCUUCUUCAUUUGUGUGGUUAUUAUAUUAACAAUGGGGUAAUUUAAA